UUGCACCGUGCAGAAAGUCACCCCGUCGUGUCGGUCAGACAGAAGCUAGCAGCGCUAGCAUGCUCACAGUGGUGCCGGGCGAAGGUCGACAGUAGGACAGCAGCAUCCUCUCUUAUCGCUCAGUCUAACUGACAUUUAUUUAUUUGACAACCUCGUGCAAGUAGACGAAGGCAAACUUUUAUUGUUUUAAUUCGGUGGCUUUCAAGAAAGGUUCCUUACUAGCUUGCUCACCUUGUAGCGAGCUAGCUCCACUCUUCAUUUCCAUCUGAACACCUACAACCAUGGCUGCGCUGAGAGCCUCCUAUCACCGGAUCUUGGACAAGAUCGAGCACGCGCUGCCCGCCAAACUGAGACCUCUGUACAACCACCCCGCAGGUCCGAAAACAGUUUUCUUCUGGGCCCCGGUGUUUAAAUGGGGUCUGGUUGGAGCUGGUUUGGCUGAUAUGUCUCGACCAGCAGACAAACUCAGUGUCUCCCAGUCUGCAGUGCUGACAGCCACAGGCCUGAUCUGGUCCAGAUACUCGCUGGUCAUAAUCCCGAAGAACUGGAACCUGUUUUGUGUCAACUUCUUUGUUGGCUCUGCAGGAUCCUCCCAGCUGUACAGGAUCUGGAGGUUCAACCAGGAUCAGAAGGCGGAGGUUCAAGCGGCUAAAGAAGCUGCAGAAGCUGCAGAAGCUGCAGAAGCUGCAGAAGCUGCAGAAGCUGCAGAGUCCUGAGUGCUUUUCUCUUCCUUCAGGGGACUGAAAGGGAGACUUCCCUCUGGGCACAAACCGGCCCCUUCCAUCAUCUCUACAUCGUCCCACGUUAACAUCCAUGCCAUAACCGUUCUUCCACCACAUUAAGUCGUCCCUGUUGGAAUUGUGCACUUUUCCUUGAGUUUCAAAUUUCCUCAGGGUGUAAAAAAGGAAACGAGACUUUUUUUUAACUGUAGUCAACACACACUCAAGAAUCGUGGUCAUCAGCGCACAUGUACUACUUGUUCAACAACUCGUAUGAUUGUACAUCCUUUAAGUUGAGUUCAUGCUUUACGUCUCGUGCACUAGUCGGGACGUUUUUAGUCUUUUUUCCAUCAAUUUUCUCAGAGUAGCAAUCGGUACCUCAUGCAUUAAUUUCCCAAAAACAAAUGUAACUCUUGGAUAUGUGUUGAACGUGGUUUAAAGGGAAGUUUUUCCAAAUGAAAUUAGGAAGGAUUUCAUCACAUUAAUCUUUUCCUUUUACUUAUUUAUAAUUAGAUUACAGUUAUGGCAUCUGUACCUCAGUGAUAAUUAAGACAUUAUUGAUUACCAUGUAAUGAUUCCUUCCAUUUUAAUGGCUUUAAUCUGUGUGAGCAAAUCAUAAUUUAUUAAUCACUUGAUUAAAAACAAAUAUCUUGUCUUGAAAACUGUUUUUUAAAAUCAGAAAUACUUAAACCAAUAUUUAACUUGUGCAGCUUUUGAUUGAUUGUUAGUCGGCGAGCUAACACUGACCUGCUAACGGCUUUUUAUUAUCAAAAUGAGGUUUAUUUUCUAUUGUUUCUGUGUAAGAAUAAUACUUUCUCUUGACACGUUGCCACUAUAGAUAUAUAUUAUAAUCCCAUGACUAUUUUAGCAAUACUUUGUGUCAUCACUUUUAAAUAUGUCUUGAUCUGCUGACUGUUUGAACAAAUGGCACUUUGAUGGUCGUUAUGGAUCUGUGGCUGUGAAAUGCUAAUAAAGACCAAAAGAUAUUCACUUUAA